AUGAAUACUACAACAAGAAUAACACAAGAAGAUUUUAAUGACGCAUUAAAAAUUUUCAACUGGAAUGAAAAAUUAUUAUUAAUAUUUGGUUUAUGGCCUCUAAAAAAAAAUAAAAUAUUAUCAACAAUGUGGCUUGGAUAUUGGAUAUUAUUUAUAACACUAUUAUUUCUCGAUCUCAUUUUAAAUAUAAAUGAUUUCGAUCAUGUUCUUGUCAAUUUAAAUGACACAAUAUUUUAUAUAAUAUCAUUUACUGAAUUUAUUGUCAUAAAAAUAUACAGUAAUUUAUUUAAACAAAUUAUAAAAAAUUCAAUUGAUGAUUUUAAUAUUAAAUUAUAUAAAACAACUGAGGAAAUUAUUAAAUUUUUAAAUUACAAUAAAAAAUCAAAAUUUUUAUGUAAAUGUUUUACAUCAACAAUGAUGAUAACAGCUUUAUUUUAUUAUUUUACUGCAUUAAUAACAACUCUGUCGUCAAAUACAAUUGAUGAUGAACAAUUUGAAAAUAAUUCUUCAUCAAGACUAUAUAUAUUUCCUUAUCGUUGUUAUAUUUUUUAUAAAAUAAAUAAUGAUAAAAAAUAUUUAAUGACAUAUGCUGGACUAUCACCAGUGUUUUUCAUUGGUGCAAUAUCACCAAUUGCAGCAAAAUGUUUAUUUAUAACAAUUGUUUAUCAUAUCAGUGGAAAAUUAUCAGUGCUUGUAUCGAAAAUUCUACAAAUUGAUGCAAAUUCAAUUAAUCUUUACAAUGAUAUACAAGAAAUAUUUAUGGAACAUAAAAAAUUGAUUGAAAUGGGAGAAAAAACACGACAAGCAUUUAGUAUUAUUUUGUUUGUUCAUUUUGUUGGUCCAACUCUGCUAAUUUGUUUGGUUGGAUAUAAAAUAUUAAUUGAUAUUGCUGAUGAUGAAAAUUAUGGUUCUAUGAUGCCGUAUAUUUGUUAUAUUGUGCUUGUUUUGUUUUCAUUGUAUAUUCAUUGUAUUGUUGGGGAAAGCUUAGUUACUGAAAGUGAAAAAAUUUGUGAAGCAUAUUACUAUUGUAAUUGGUACAAUAUGCCGAUUAAAAUUAAAAAAUAUUUUAUUUUAGGCAUUGUAAGAUCACAGAAAUCAUUAUGUUUGUCAUUUGGAAAAUUUGGAGUUUUUGAUUUACGAACAAUGACAACGAUUAUUAAAGCUUCUAUGGGAUAUUUGUCAGUACUUCGAUCUUUUUUAGCAGCUGAAGCUGAGUGAUUAUAUCGUUGGAAAAAUUAUUUAAGAAAAUAUCAAGUCUUAUAUUUAAUUUAAUAAUAUUCAAUCAAUUUUCUUUGUUUUCUUGUGACAAAAUGUUUAAUAAUCAAAAAUUUGAAUUAAUAUAUUUUGUAUUUUUUUUCUUGACAACUUACCAAAUUUUCUAAUCAUUUACGUAGCUUGACAC